GGGGUUGGACUAUAAAAGGAAAAUCUUUGCAAGAGGUGACAUCUUGUUUCCAGUUCUCCUCAAGCACAGUUGAAUCUGAUAUCCUCUCCGUUCACAAUGCAGUUUUAUGGAGCUCUGGUCCUGCUUAUAACUCUGUCUGCAGCAUGUGGUCUGAAGUGCUACUCAUGUACAGGCAAAGGCUGCACAAACAGUGUAGAUUGUCCUCCUUUGUUUGACCGUUGCUCCUCCAUCGAAGUUAAUGGUGUGGUCACAAAGUCUUGCAUGAGCAGUAUUGCAUGUGGUGAUACCCCCCUAAGCUGCUGCCAGACAGAUUUGUGUAACAGUGCCAUAUCCACUGGUUCCAGUGUCCUCCUCAUGAUGGUGUCCUCAGCCCUCAUCACACUCUUUCUCUGAGGCCGUGGAGCAGUCACUGACUCGGAAUAUUCUUCUUUCUUAACCAAUUUGUACGCCUCAAGAAGAAUUAACACAAAUUUGAUGUGUAAAAGCAGUGAAUGACUGCAGAUUGAUGUUUCCUCAAUAAAAAACAAUAUGAUGAA